UAGUUCCAGUCAGUUUGGAGUAACUUUAGAGGGUGCACAGCUGUCAAACGCUUAAGUCGCCACAGACGUUCAUCUGCGAAAGGACACAGGCACAGCUCCCAUCAUGGCAAAGGAUAUGGGCUCCACGUUCAUCCAGCACCAGCAGCUCCACGCUGCCAUGGCAGACAACAUGCUGGAGCACUUGUGUCUGCUGGACAUCGACUCCGAGCCAGCUGUGGCCCGCAACACAGGCAUCGUCUGCACCAUUGGGCCAGCUUCCCGCAAGGUGGAAACGCUGAGGGAAAUGAUCAAGACCGGGAUGAACAUUGCACGCAUGAACUUCUCUCACGGAACUCACGAGUACCAUGCUGACACCAUCAAGAAUGUGCGUGAAGCUGCAGCAAGCUUCAAGCCCGGUAGCAUUGAUUACAGACCCGUCGCCAUCGCUCUGGACACCAAGGGUCCUGAGAUCAGGACUGGACUCAUUAAGGGCAGUGGCGAAGCGGAGGUUACCCUCGUGAAGGGCGAGACCAUCAAGCUCGUCCUGGACGAUAAGUACAUAGAGAACUGUGAUGAGAAGCACCUGUGGUUGGACUACAAGAACAUCACCAAGGUGGUCCAGGCUGGGAGCCACAUCUUUAUUGAUGAUGGCCUCAUCUCUCUCAAGGUUUUGAACAUCGGUGGUGACUUCGUGGAGUGUGAGAUUGAAAAUGGCGGUAUGCUGGGCAGCAAGAAGGGCGUUAACCUGCCCGGCGCCGCCGUGGACCUGCCUGCUGUAUCGGAGAAGGACAUGCAGGACCUGAAGUUUGGCGUGGAGCAGGGUGUGGACAUGGUGUUCGCCUCCUUCAUCCGCAAGGCCGCUGACGUGCAGGCCGUUAGGAAGGUGCUGGGUGACAAGGGCAAGGACAUCAAGAUUAUCAGCAAACUGGAGAACCACGAGGGCUGCCGCAGAUUCGCUGAGAUUCUGGAGGCCAGUGAUGGCAUCAUGGUUGCCCGUGGUGACAUGGGUAUCGAGAUCCCCACAGAGAAGGUGUUCCUGGCUCAGAAGAUGAUGAUUAGCCAAUCCAACAGAAUGGGCAAGCCCAUCAUCUGUGCUACACAGAUGUUGGAGAGCAUGAUUAAGAAGCCCCGUCCCACCCGUGCAGAGAGCAGCGACGUGGCCAACGCCAUUCUGGAUGGAGCCGACUGCGUCAUGCUGAGUGGAGAGACGGCCAAGGGAGAUUACCCUCUGGAGUGUGUGCGCAUGCAGCACCAGAUCGCCCGUGAGGCCGAGGCCGCUACGUACCACCGGCAGCUGUUCGAGGAGAUGCGCCGUGUCACUCACCUGACCCGCGACCCCACCGAGACCGUUGCCAUCGGCGCCGUAGAGGCCUCCUUCAAGUGCUGCGCCAACGCCAUCAUUGUCCUCACCAAAUCCGGCAGGUCUGCUCACAUGCUGGCCAGGUACAGGCCCCGCGCACCCAUCCUGGCCGUGACCCGUUGCGAAAUGGCCGCUCGCCAGGCCCACCUGUACCGGGGAAUCUACCCCAUCCUUUACACCAAGCCCGCCCACGAUGUCUGGGCCGAGGACGUCGACCAGAGGGUCAACUUCGCCCUGGAGAUGGGAAAACACCGCAAAUUCUUCAAGUCUGGGGAUGUGUUGAUCUGUGUCACCGGCUGGCGUCCAGGCUCCGGCUACACCAACACCAUGCGUGUUGUUCUGGUGCCUUGAGCGCCACCUACGUGAUGCCACCACCCCCCCCCAACCCCCCCAUAAGAAGAAACCACGUCCCCCUACCUCCCACCAUAGAACAGAAACACAAGGAAAUGAAAAGAACUUAGUGUUACCAAAUCACCUGGUGACCACCUCACAGUCAUCGUCUGGUAUCUUGAAGCGUGAUAAGGAGUUUGGGUCUGUGAGAGGUGGAGAGUGAUCCCUGUAUGGAUGUAGAGAUCUGUGACGCUCUGCUGUGUAUUUUCACUCAUACACUCACACACACACACACACACACUCACAACCACCCCACACACACACACACACACACAAAUAUCCUUAUGCAGGCUUCACUUGACUGCCACAAUGAGACUGAGAACUUGUACCUACUUGGCUUCCACCUAUUAAAGAUAUGACCACUUUCAGCAGCAA